AUGCUCAAUGGUGAUGCUGAAAAGGACGACAAUGACACUGAUACCUUUCAAGAUGAUGUUGCUCAUGAAAAUGCAGCCCCCAGAAAUGUUGAUAGCAGUGAUGGCCAGGAUAAGAAUGAGAAUAUUGAUGCAGAUGUGGACUAUGAUAAGGAUGACACCAACUUUGAGGCUGAUGUGGGUGACCUGGUGGACAUUAAUGUGGAUGGAUCAGUGGUCACAGAGAAAGGCAGCGCAUGCAAGGCUGCAAAGGAGCAAGCAAUGGAAGACAAGGGUCUAGCAUAUGAGGAAGCAUAUAGCAAUAUCUACAUACUGCAGGAUCUUUCUGAUUUUCCUGGAAAUACCAAAGUUUCAAUGCUCCUCUCCACCAACUGUCCCCAGUGGCAAUUGCCUAUUCAGAACCAACUCCUUUGGAGCCACAUGUAA